GCAACUUGGCUCCUCGUAAAAGACGCGAUUUUUCCACCCUCUGUAACACCAACCACUCUCUUCCCCUUUCGACCUCACCUCCGCCAUCAAUGGACGCUUGCAAGGUAAAUGGGCUCUGUGUUCAGGGACACGAUCCACUUAACUGGGGCGCAGCGGCGGCGGAGUUGCAGGGCAGUCAUCUUGACGAGGUAAAGAAGAUGGUGGAGGAGUUCAGGAGACCGGUGGUGCAGCUUGAGGGUGAGAUAUCGCAGGCCGCCGCCGUGGCCAUCGGCGGCGGUGGUGCUACAGUCGAACUUGCUGAGUCGGCGCGCGCUGGUGUGAAAGCUAGCAGUGAUUGGGUGCUUGAGAGCGUGGACAAAGGAACUGAUAGCUAUGGUGUCACUACUGGAUUUGGGGCAACGUCUCACAGACGAACUAAGCAGGGAGGCGCUUUACAGAAGGAGCUAAUCAGAUUCCUCAACGCCGGAAUAUUUGGAUCAGGCAAUUCGAACACCCUUCCCUCUUCGACUACCAGAGCAGCAAUGCUUGUCCGCAUCAACACCCUCCUCCAAGGCUAUUCCGGCAUCCGAUUCGAAAUCCUUGAAGCUAUCGCCACCCUCCUUAAUACAAACAUCACACCUUGCCUCCCUCUCCGCGGCACCAUCACCGCCUCCGGUGACCUCAUCCCUCUGUCCUACAUCGCCGGAAUCCUCACCGGUCGUCCCAAUUCCAAAGCUCUCACUCCCAACGGCUCCACCGUGGAUGCCGUCACUGCCUUCCAUCUCGCCGGCAUCUCCACCGGCUUCUUCGAACUUCAGCCAAAAGAAGGCCUUGCACUCGUUAACGGUACCGCUGUCGGCUCCGGUCUCGCCUCCAUGGUCCUCUUUGAAACCAACAUCCUCGCUAUCAUGGCGGAGGUUCUCUCCGCUCUGUUCUGCGAGGUGAUGCAGGGAAAACCAGAGUACACCGACCAUCUCACCCACAAGCUCAAGCACCAUCCAGGCCAAAUUGAAGCCGCUGCUAUCAUGGAACACAUACUCGAAGGCAGCUCUUACAUGAAAAUGGCUAAAAAGCUCCAUGAAAUGGAUCCUCUUCAAAAACCAAAGCAAGACAGAUAUGCUCUUCGCACUUCACCGCAGUGGCUUGGACCUCAAAUUGAAGUGAUCAGAGCAGCAACGAAAUCUAUUGAAAGAGAAAUCAAUUCUGUUAACGAUAAUCCCCUCAUUGAUGUCUCGAGGAAUAAAGCUCUUCAUGGAGGAAAUUUCCAAGGAACUCCCAUUGGCGUCUCCAUGGACAACACCAGGCUCGCCAUCGCUGCAAUUGGAAAGCUCAUGUUCGCCCAAUUCUCCGAGCUUGUUAACGAUUUUUACAACAAUGGCUUGCCUUCCAAUCUCACCAGCGGGCGAAACCCGAGCCUGGAUUACGGCUUCAAGGGAGCUGAGAUAGCCAUGGCUUCCUACUGCUCUGAGCUCCAGGCUCUCGCGAAUCCGGUGACCAACCAUGUGCAGAGCGCAGAACAACAUAACCAGGACGUGAAUUCCUUAGGACUCAUCUCUUCCAGAAAGACAGCAGAGUCAGUCGAUAUAUUGAAGCUCAUGACCACCACCUUCUUGGUCGGUUUAUGCCAAGCUGUAGAUUUGAGGCAUUUGGAGGAGAAUUUGAAGAAUGCUGUUAAGAAUACAGUGAGUCAGGUGGCUAAGAGGACUCUCACCAUGGGAGUUAACGGCGAGCUCCAUCCCUCGAGAUUCUGCGAGAAGGAUUUGAUCAAAGUGAUUGAUAGAGAGUAUGUGUUUUCUUACGCAGAUGAUCCCUGCAGCUCAACUUAUCCUCUGAUGCCGAAACUGAGAGCAGUCCUUGUUGAACACGCCCUGAAUAAUGGGGACAAGGAGAAGAAUUCUAGUACCUCAAUCUUUCAAAAGAUCUCAUCUUUCGAAGCUGAGCUGAAAGCGGCAAUGCCGAAGGAGGUGGAAGCGGCGAGAGCUGCGUUCGAGAACGGUUCGCCGGCCAUUGAGAACCGGAUCAAGGACUGCAGGUCUUAUCCUCUCUACAGGUUUGUAAAGCAGGUUGGUGCUGGUUUUCUAACAGGGGAGAAGAUCGUUUCGCCCGGUGAAGAAUUCGAUAAGGUUUACAAUGCGAUUUGUGAGGGGAAGGCGAUAGAUCCUUUGCUCGAGUGCUUGAAGGAGUGGGAUGGAGCUCCAUUGCCGAUCUGUUAGAGAAUCAUAUUACAGUGAAAGAAGAGAUUCGGAAAGAAACAAAUAAAACUGAUCUUUUGGAGAUUCCUCCUUUGUUUUUCAAGGUUUGAUUAAUGUGGGUUGUAUUUGUAGUAAUUGUUGUUUUGUUGUUUUUGCUGUUUGUGAUGUGGUAGAUCAAUUCGAUCAUUUAAAGAAAUUUCAAUCUUCUGUAAUAGAAAGCUUUCAAUGUUUGUGUUUGGUUGGAGUUUCUCUAAACAAGAAAUAACAGAGCCAAAAUGCACGUCUUUACUGCUAA